AUGAGAGGCAAGCGCUCCAAGCAGUAUCGGAAGCUCAUGGAGCAGUUCUCCAUGACCUUCGGCUUCCGCGAGCCAUACCAGGUCCUUGUGGACGCGGAGAUGGUCAAGGAUUCUUGUCGCUUCAAAAUGGACUUGAAUCCUGCCUUAGAACGGACAGUACAUGGAAAAGUGAAAGCGAUGAUAUCACAAUGCGAGAUCAGGAAGCUCUAUGCCCAGAAGAAUGAGCCUGGAGGUAACGAUGCGAUCGAGCUCGCCAAGACGCUGGAACGCCGGAGAUGCGGCCACCACCCCGAUCAGUACCCCGAACCCCUCUCAACGCAAGAGUGUGUCCUGUCUGUGGUCGACCCUAAAGAUUCGGGACAGAACAAGCACCGCUACGUCGUCGCCAGCCAGGAUGUGGAAGUGAGGAGGAAACUGCGGACUGUCCGUGGCGUACCGUUGAUAUAUAUCAAGAGGAGCGUCAUGAUUCUAGAGCCUAUGGCCGACGAGAGCGCGCAGGCCCGAUUACGGGAGGAAAAGAUCAAAUUCAGGGCAGAGAUCAAGAAUGCGCUAGGGAAGAGGAAGCGCAACCAGGAGGAUGACGACGAUAAGAGCGGCAGUGACAGCAACUCAAAGCCCAAAGACCAGGCAUCAUCAGCAAAAGCUGCAGAGGAGAAGAAGGAGAAGAAGGUCAAGGGCCGCAAAGGUCCCAACCCGCUCUCUAUUAAGAAGGCCAAAAAGAAGCCUGACGCGACACCAAAACCCAAGGACAAACCUGAUAGUACAGCCGCAGCGAGCUCAGAAGCAGACGGGCCAGCCAAGCGCAAGCGGAGACGGAGGGCCAAGGCGGCGGGUGACAAAGUCGAACCGGACGAGGGUAUAGAAAAGGUACAGGCGACCGAAACCGAGAGCUCGUGA